UUUAUUUAAUUUGUUUACGUUUUUUGUCCUUAUCAAUUUAUUUACAAUUUAUAAAUAGUUAAUUACCCUUUAAACUUUAUUUGCAUUCCCGCCGACGGUGACGUCGAUUUACAUAUUAAAUAUAUCCGCACUUUUGUUAUGUUGUUUAUUUUGUAAUACUUUGAAUACACCUGCUUUUGUAAUGUAUAUCUUGAGAAUUUGAUGAAAAAUAUGCAUUGGCUUAUUUUGUCAAUAUGUCUACUUUAUAUUCAUCCAACGAAAUCUCUACUGCCGCCCGAUGAUAGUAGUUGCAGUAAUCAGUGCUUCCAUCAACUCCCGUCCGAAUGUCCCAGCCCAGAGAAUCCAUGCAGAUGUCGGCAGUUGACCAAUUGUCAAAAGGCUGCUGUAUGUUGUAAUGUGAACCGAUUUACUCUGAAGGAGGGACUUGCAUGUGGUAAUAUAACAGCCGCCAGCCAAAUCCAGUCCCUCCAUAUCCGCAAUGCGUCAUUCGACUCGUUCAAUUUAAGCGCUAAUCAAAACGUAUGGAGAAAUCUUCGUUACAUGACCAUCACCGAUGGCCACAUAAAAAAAAUCGACGGCGAAUUCGCCAAACAGAACAGCAUAUCGUGUCUCAACUUGUCUUCCAACCAUAUCAACUCAAUUGAAGAUAGAGCCUUAAACACUCUUUUCAACCUGAGCUUCUUGGAUUUGAGUCAUAAUAAUUUGACUGACGUGCCCAGUUUUAGAAAGGAUCAUACCAUUUUUUUAGAUAUAUCUAAUAACAUGUACCUGAAUUGCUCAAUUUUAACCAAUACGUUGCAAAGUCAUCCCGAAAUCGCGUUCGUUAAUGAGAAUCAGACUUUUUGUUAUCCUACAAAGGAUUUGGAUUUUGGUUGGUUUCAGUCGCAAGCCACGUUAGCCUUUUCGCAAGUUAAAGCCAAAUAUGAGCUAGAAAAAAAUUGCCACCAAAACUGCUCAUGUAAAACUGUGAGUGUAAAUUUAGCCCCUGGGAAAAUGGCUAUGUUCGAAGUUGAAAUGAACUGUGCCAACAUGAGUUUUUUAAAUUUGCCCGUCCCUUUACCCGAUAACACGGUAUCGUUAGAUGUUAGCAAUAAUAAUAUUACGUCCAUAAAAGAACUAAGCGAACCGUCGUAUCAAAAUCUGAGAAGUUUUAUUGCGGAUAAUAAUAAGAUUUCCUCCGUGCAGCCACUUGAAGGAACGAAAUUUAUUAGUCAUUUUAAUACGUUGAGUUUGCAAAGGAACAAGUUUAAAUUUUUAGAAACGUACGUCCUCGAUAAUAUCCAAUUCGAAAGAAACUUCAACCAAAGAAAACUUAGGUUAGGAUACAACACGUUACAAUGCGACUGCAACACCAUGAAACUAAAGGUGUGGCUGUUGUCGAAACUAAGCCACAUCCCGGACUACAACCACAUUAAAUGUGACAAUUUAAACGUCAGGAUCAUCGAUUUGGAUGCAUCGAAAAUGUGCCAAAGUCCUCAGGACUGGACUGAUUACAUUUAUUAUAUUAUUACUGCUGAAGUACUACUUUUAGUUGGAUUAAUUGCAAAAGUUUCUUAUGACUACUGGGUGUUUAAAACUGCAGGUUAUUUACCCUGGCCCGCAAAUAGGAUGCCAAGACUACCUUGUGAUUGGUUAUGUGAAUAAUUUAUAUUUUUAUAUGUGGACAAAUAGUGCCUUAUGUAUGUGCUCGUGGCGAAAUUUAGAUUUUUAUGAUGUUAUAUAGGAAGAGAAUGUCUUGCCAUUUUUAUAUAAGUUUUAAAUAAACAUAUUUUUAUGUUGCUAUUUUACUAUAUCUGUUUAAAAAAAUAAUUAAUAAACAAUGCUAUAUUUA